AUGUCACGCCACCACCACCGCUUUGAGAGGGACUACCGAGGACCCUGGGAGCGCAGAGACGUCCGUCCCUCUGGCCUCCACAAUGGAGGAGCCAAUCAUAGCUGUGCUGCCGCCGUUGUCAAUGGCAACAACCGGCCCGGGCUCCUCCCCCUCCCGGUCAUCCCCUCCCUCCUCCCCACUCCGGUCACAGUUGCCGUGACAACAUCGAGCAGUGACAUUGUGGUCAAGCGAGGCAUCACGGCGGCAGGAUCGGUCACUCCUGCCUCGGCCAAGGUCUCUGGGCUGUCUCCUGGAGAGAGCCAGGCUCCAGGACUGCUGCUGGCUCCAGGGGUGCGGUGGGGACAAACGCCUAUCAACCAGCUCACACCCUGGGACACAGAUGAACCCCCCACUAAGCAACACCGCGACAGUGAGUCCACUGGUCCCCCCUGGGCUCAGCCAGUAGCUGCAGUGAGCCAGCCCAGCCUCAUGCCCCACACCUACGCCCUCCCUCAGCCCCCCUCCUUCAGCCACAGCGUGACUGUGCAGUCACCCAUCAUAGGGGUGACCCCAUCCAUCCAGACUACUGUUCCCACGCACCACCCACUCAUGACCGCCCAUUUUCAGCUGCCGCCAAACUCCACCCAGCAACCGCCCUCUAUGGUGCUGAACAUGCCCAGCCAGCCUCCCUACCCCUCAGUCCAACCCUCAGUCGCACCCUCCCCCCUCACCACCCCUGCCAACCAAGUGGUUCAUCCGAAUCCUCAUAGUGUGUUGGGCAAUGGCCACUUAACCCCUCACCCCAAUCACCCCCUCAUCCAGGCCCCGGCCUUGCCUCUGACCAACGGCCAGGCUGCACCGCAGGCCCCGCCCACAGCACUAGCCAAUCAGGAUGGUCCUAAUGGGCUGCAGAUGCUGCGGACAGUUGGGAUGGGGAAGUACGAGUUCAGUGACCCAGGACAUCCCAAAGAGAUGUUGAAGGAGUUGAACCAACAGCGCAGAGCGAAAGAGUUUACAGACCUGAAAAUUAUUGUUGAAGGCAAAGAGUUUGAAGUCCACCAAAAUGUUCUAGCUUCCUGCAGCUUGUAUUUCAAGGACCUGGUGAAAAGGUGUGUGAAGACUUUGGUUCCUAGCACAGGGCCAGCAGCCAUUCCUUCCUCCUCAAUUGAAUGUAUCUCAGACCGCAGUGAAAGCAAUGCCGCCUCCACGGUACGCUCAUCAGAGAGCACCAUGCUGCUUAUCGGCAGCGGCGGAGAGAAUCCCCCUAACUCCUCUCUCUGCCAUGAUUGGUUGAUCAGGUCGUCAGGAGAGAUGCGGAAUGGGGAGAAGCUGGAGCUGAAGAUGAGCAACAUCGAAGCAGACGUGCUGGAGCUGCUGCUGGAGUUUGUCUACACAGGAUCGCUGGUCAUUGACUCGGCCAACGCCAAGACGCUCUUGGAGGCCGCCAACAAGUUCCAGUUCAACACCUUCUGCAAAGUCUGCAUCUCUUUCUUAGAGAAACAGCUGACUGCAGCCAACUGUCUAGGGGUGCUCGCCAUGGCUGAAGCCAUGAGUUGCACAGAGCUCCACAACAUGGCCAAAGCCUUUGCCCUGCAAAACUUCCCUGAGGUGGCAGGCCAAGAGGAGAUUUUGAGUGUGUCGAAGGAGGACCUGGUGACCUAUCUCUCCAACGACAGUCUCAAUACCAAGGCAGAGGAGCUGGUCUAUGAGACUGUAAUUAAAUGGAUCAAGCGUGACCCCAACACCAGAGUACAGCAUGUGUCAGAGCUGUUGGCAGUGGUGCGUCUCCCCUUCAUCCAUCCUUCUUACCUGCUGAAUGUGGUGGACAACGAGGAGCUGAUUAAGUCUUCAGAGGCGUGCCGGGACCUGGUCAACGAGGCCAAGCGCUACCACAUGCUGCCCCACGCGAGGCAGGAGAUGCAGACGCCGAGGACCCGGCCACGACUCUCAGCAGAGCACUUAUCAGAAGUAGAGAGGCGUUCAGAGAGGUGCUCCUUUCAGCUGAGGUACGAUACCAUCACUAACCAGUGGGAAACUGUGACUCCGCUGCCCAAGCCGGUCCACUCGGCGGCGGCCACGGUGUGCGGCGGGAAGGUCUACGUAUUCGGAGGCGUGAACGAGGCCGGACGCUCAGCGGGUGUGCUGCAGUCAUUCGUGCCGCAGAGCAACACCUGGAGCUUCAUCGAGUCGCCCAUGAUAGAUAACAAAUAUGCCCCUGCUGUGAGUCUAAAUGGUUUUAUAUUCAUCUUGGGAGGUGCCUACGCUCGAGCCACCACAAUCUAUGACCCAGAAAAAGGCAACAUCAAGGCCGGGCCUAACAUGAACCACUCUCGGCAGUUCUGCAGUGCUGUUAUCCUGGAUGGGAAGAUCUACGCCACAGGGGGCAUCGUGAGCAGCGAGGGCCCAGCGCUAGGGAACAUGGAGACCUUUGACCCCUGUACCAAUACUUGGACUCUGCUCCAGUCACUGCCCUGCCCGCUCUUCAGACACGGCUGCGUGGUCAUCAAGAAGUACAUCCAGAGCGGAUGAGACCAGUUCGGACUGGAUCAGACUGGAUCGACGAACAAAAAGACCAGUUGAGGUCCAGCUGUGGGACUCUCCUGCUGCAGCUCCGGAGGGCUGGCCAGUCGACGACCUCUGGACAUGACGCCAGCGUCCGUCCUUCCAAUUAACGUUUUCCCACCCCGAGCCCUGUCCAGAAUGUACACGCGAAAAACAGCACUUGGCCAUGCCAGGUCAUCGGUGCCUAACCUCCAGUACUGUGUGCAGUUCAUCCUCCGACAGGCACGGGGUCCCUCUAUAAAAGAUCAGCUCCUCAGUUUCUGAUGAAGUUGUCAUAUACAUCCGUCUUCCCCCAGUUUGAUUUCUAAACAAUAUAGUUUUAUUAACUCAUCACAGGUCUGAUUAUGUGUUUUUCUUUUUUCUUUUUUGUGGUGUCUGAGGUUUCUCACUAGUGACAUCGAUGGGGCAGGAGGAGGAGUGGGGGGGGCGUUCCCAUAGCAGGUUUUCUUUGUGACCAUAUCAGGGAAAAAAAUAAAGACGGUAAGAAAAUAAGAACGGUGUGGAUUGACAUGGCAAUAAAAUGGAUGAGUGAAGGGACAGAUUGGGAAGUCUAUCAAGUCCUGGUCAAACAGGGUUACAAGAAAAACAAAAUGAAAAACUCGCUGAAGUUGAUUUGCGUUGUGCUCCUGUGUAAAUCCGGUCUGAUUGCAAUAUCAUCUGGAGGGUGAAUUGAGGUAAGAUGCCUGUUUUUAUCAGAAACACCCCCCACCUCAUCCCGCCAUUGAAUUGGGACGUCAUAAUCUUUCUCUCCAGGACGAGACGGUGCUGGGUUUGACUUCUCCAAACACCAGAGACAUUGAAGGAACGGUUCCUCCGGAUAAAGCACAAUAAUCAUCUGUGACUUUUACCCCUUACAGUCGUCUCCUUUGUGCCACAUUAAUUCCCCACUUCCUUGGUUUUAUACACGCCUUUUCUUUUUCCAUCGCAGUCCAUAAUCUAUGAUGUUGGGGGUAGCAUUCUGUAAAUACGGGAAGGAAAUAUGUAUAUUUUACAACCUGAAGGUGAUUCUGUAUAAAUGUUUUUAGAAAAACUGAUAGGUUGGAUUACAAAAAAAAAAAAGUGUCUGUAAAUCUGUACCCAAAACUGAGAAAUUAAUAAUUAUUAUU